GCGUCGCACACACCCGCGUAGCCAGUCAGUCGCCAUGGGCGGCGCUCGCGUCUCCUGAGCGACCGAACGAGCCGAGAAGCCCUCCCCCCUUCACACCGGCCGAUGGCGCUAGCCAACUACUCCUCGCCGUACGCGGCGCCGCCUCCGCUGCCGCAGCCGUUCCUCCCGCCGCCGCAGCAGCAGCAGCAGCAGCCGCCGCCGGCGCCGGCGACGGCGACGGCCGCCCCCGGCUACGCCAACGACCCGUACGGCGCGCGCCGCCCGCGCUACUACCCCGCCGAGUCGGCGUCGGCCGCCCCGCAGCUACCCGGCUACCCGGCGCGGCCGCCCACCUACACCAAGGUGGACGCGCACCGGGCGGGCGGCAAGACGUCGCUGCACGCCGUGCUGGACUACGACGACGAGCUGGACGAGUACUACUACGACGACGAGGAGGAGGACGCGGCGGGCGAGCUACCCAAGGUCACGCCCAUCCAGGGCCCCAUCUUCCUGAGGAACGGCAGCGUGCCCGUGGUGCCGCUCUACUCGUACCCGGUCACCAACAACGGCACCCUCGUGCAGAUACCCAUCCUGUGGACCGCGCUGUCCGUGGCGCUGGGUCUGGAGAUCAGGGCCGAGCUGAUACGAGGAGCGCCGUGCAUCAAGAGGUUCAACCAGCUGUUCUGCCCCACGGCCGGGAACAGCUACCCCAUAGACCGCAUCGAGCUGUUCAUAGACGAGAACAAGGCGCUGAUGAAGAGGAUGUACGGCGAGUUCCAGAUGAACCCGGAGUACGGGGCCAUGCGCAGCGAGCGGCGGGCGACCAAGCGGGAGGCGGCGGGGGCGGGGGCUGGGGGCAGGUCCGGCAAGCCUGCCCCCGGGGUGCCCGACAAGCACGGGCCCCCGGACCCCGCCGCCGAACCGGGCGAGUCGUACUUCAGCAAGCUGCGCCACUCGCGCCAGUCCUUCCGCAACAACCAGUCCGACACCGGCAGGGUGGACGUGUGCGACUCCAAGGUGGAGAUAGUGACUCCCUACUGGGCGUCCAACAGCGCCGGCAAGGUGCGCGCCGUCGUCAACACGCAGCACUUCGAGCAGGCCAUCCACCAGGAGGUGUGCUCCAGCAAGGCGCAGACGAAGCGCUGCAGCGGCGACUGCGGCUGCGAGCAGAAGUACAAGUGGCACCGCCUGCUCGCCUACGACCCGGACAACGACUGCAAGGGCAUCUUCAUGGACUGGUUCCUGUUCCCGUCGUGCUGCGUGUGUCGCUGCGCCCCCGACUAGGGGGCGGCUGCCUGCAACCCCCACCGCCGCCGCCGCCGCCACCCCUGGAGUUACCAACACCCCCCCAGCACCCGCGACCCUCGGGAGCUGAGGGGUGUCAUCUAGAACCAGAGGGGCGGGUCACGCGCUCCCACCUUGCUUCGUCCCUCGACGGCUCACUCGUCAGUCGAUUGUCACCCACAGGGGGCCGGUUUCACAAAAAACCGGUUUUCACAAUAACAGGAAAGUUUGAUUUUUUUUUUUUACCUGGAUAAAGUAUUUCGUUAUCAACACAACUUGUUUUCGACAGAAAAGAAUUUUUUUUUUUUCAAUUUCGUCAUACACUUCGAAAUAUUUCAAUAAAUAAUAAGUGACACUUGCCCCCAUUUUUUUUUUAAAUAUAACUUGCGUAAUACUUCUUCAUCCCGAUAGUAUAAUUUCAUUAACUGACAAAAACCGUAGGUUUUAAAAUAUUUAAUCGAUAAGCUGAGAGAAACGAGAUAAGGUCCACGGCCAAAAAUGUAAACGAGAUGAUUAGGAAAAUUGAAAAUAACGAUACAAAAAUUAUCGGAUUUUUUUUUCAGAACAAUAUUUCGUUGGAUUUACUUUUGAAAAUGUUAAAUUGUAACCCAUAAAAAUACCACUGCCCAGCUCCACAACGUGAGCUUCGCGAAACUCAUUCGCAAUCAGUGUUUUGUGAAAGCGUUGUCAUGUUGUUUCGGUAAAAUGGCGUGGGACGUUGCUUUGGAGAGGCUGCAAUAAGAAAAGUCAAGAGGACAAUCAGUGACAAUAACAAAAAAUGAAAACCUCCGAAUCAUCAGCUCUGCAGUAGAUCUCUGUUGCUUAUUUUUUUUCUCUAAAAGAAAAUAAUUUUUUAAGGACACUGUGCUGAAUGUUGGUUCUCGACCAACUCGACAUGCAACUGAGAAAGUGCUGUUUGAUGAAUUUUUUUUAUACUGCAGGCAAUUGUAAGCCAAAGGAUUUUUAAAAUAAUUAUUUGUAUGUAUUAUCUCUUAAUUGUUGAUAAGACUAAUGCAAAGUCGUUUAAGAAAAAAGAUUUCUUUAAGAGUGACAUAAAACUUCGUUGUUAAAAGACAUGUUCUAUGUGAUUAAUAUUGACAGGCAUAUCAAAGAUUUAUGUGAAUAAGUUUUGUUAAUCAAGUGUGUGUGAAAAUUUCAAAUCUUAGACACUAGAAAAUAUUUUUUAAAGUGAAUUUAAUAAAUUGGUUAGAAUAGUAUUACUGUUUUAUAUUUUAAAAUAAUAAUGUAUUAAGCACAGUUUAAGUAUAAUGUUAUCAUUUAAAUAUUUUGUAAAAUAUUUUAGUAAACAUUGCAAAAAAUAUGCAUUACGUUAAUUGAAUAUAAGCUGAAUCCUCUACAUUUCUCACAAAAAGAAAUAUUUAUUUUGUGUUUUUAAGAAAAUGUUACACAUUUUUACUACUUUUCUUACAAAUUCAAACAGUCCCAAAUAAAAUUUAACGUAAAUGAUAAUUUAUAAACGUGUCACAGAUCAAUCAAAUAUCGUUAUAGGACAAUAAGGAAAACUCAGGCCAACAGGGGGCGGAUACAUAAAUAUUUUUCGGGGGAUUGAAAAAAUAUAAAUAAAUUAAAAAUAUGAACACGUGUAUUCAAAAAAACUUACAAUUGACACUAACACAUUGACAAAUGGGCUUACAAUAAUGGCCGUAAACGACCUUCGCUUCUCACACAGUUGAAUUUGCAGGUGUUGUAACAACUCACCUUGCAUCACCCUAAAUAACAUGAUGUCUUUACUGAUAUUAUGCUAAUUUUUUCAUGACUUCGGGGAGGGAAAAAAGUAGAUGCACUCCACGCCACCAGAUUCUCUCACGUCACUUUUCUCACUUUUUUUUAAAUCGGUUUCCUAUAUUGUCUCUAUUAUAUUAUUUGGUAAAAGGUCUGUAUUUCUGCUGUUGUGCUAUGCACGUAACAAAAAGAAAAUCAGAAUCUCGGUUACUUAUGAUUCUACCCGAAAAUCUAAAAGUAGGAAAAAAAUUUAAAGGUUUACGUGCAAAUAAAAUAAUUGUGUACUAUUAAUACUCACAAGCUUGUAUGUUUUCUGAAAAUCUAAUCAUAAUCAACAACACAUGGAAAUGUAAUAAAUAUACUUGUACUUAUAAAGUUUAAAAAAUUAAUGUGAAAUAAAAAUUAUUCAAAAAGUAAAUGUAAGCAAAAAUAUCUGAAGCUGUAAAAAUAUUUUUUAGCAAGGCAUAUUUUUACUUUUCAAAGUUGUAACAUUUCAUUCAAUUAAUAAAUGUAUUUUGUUUGAAGUAUAUGUGAAAAAAUGAUACACCAAAACAAACGAUUAUCCUUAUAGAUUUCUGGUAGUUGUCCGAGCAAUAAAAGUCUCUCUUAACAAAGCCUUUGCUGUCAGAAACAGAGAUAACUUUUAUCAAAAAUGUUAUAUACAUAUAAGGGAAUUUUAACAAAUUAUUGUACGUGGCAUUUCACAUACAUGGUUAUAGUUACUCAAACAUAACUACAUUCGAGUUAUACUUCCGGAUAUUUAGUGUUUAUUUCUGUAGUGGUUGCCAACUGGUUAAUGUUUCACUUGUCAAUUUUUCAACUUAAUCAUAAACUUUACGGGCUACAGUUAUCCCUCAGACUGAACCUAAGCGGUUCUUCUAUUUGCUACGCCCAUGUUAACUCGGGGUAGUUGCGCCCACUGAUGUAUUGUAACUGAGAAGUACACUUUUAUAUAGUACAACAAUGACUCUUAACAAAUAUUUAUUUUAAGGUUGCACGAUAUGUUAAUGCAGCAGCUUCGCUACCUUCAAAUAAAUUUAAAACAGUUUUUCACGCUUACUCCAUUGGUAUUUUAUACUGUAUUCCAUACAGAAACUUCAAGAACGAACAGGGAUGAAUAUACAUACACAGAGAAAUCCA